GCGCUACUCUAGGAUUCUAAUUCGUUUAUAGAUCGAACAGGCACAGCGCACGCAUGAGCACCGGCAGAUCUCGGUAGGCAAAACCUUUCCAUCAGUGACAUUUGGAACAUCGGCCAUGGCCGCCGCAUCGACAAAUAACGGGACUAUGAAUCGAAUCCCAACUAGCCCCCCAAGUUCGCCGACCAAAGAACCCCCGAAAUUUCGGGAACGGGAAAAAUGGGGCAACAAGAUCGAAUUUGUUCUUUCCUGCAUGGGAUUCUGCAUAGGACUCGGCAAUGUGUGGAGGUUUCCUUAUCUCUGCUACAAGAACGGUGGAGGUGCUUUCCUCAUUCCAUACCUCAUAUGUUUAAUAGCAGGUGGUGCUCCAGUUUUUAUUCUUGAAAUUGCAUUGGGUCAGUUUACGAGUCAAGGAGGAAUCACAGUCUGGGAUAUUUGUCCCAUAUUCAAAGGCAUCGGAUAUGGAACAACAAUAAUAUGUUUCUUCCUGAACAUAUACUACAUCGUGGUCCUGAGCUGGGGUUUACUGUAUUUGUAUCAUAGCUUCACGCAUACUUUACCUUGGGCAACUUGUGAUAAUGAGUGGAAUACAGAGUCAUGUCUCACUGUUAAAGAGUUGAACGUAACCUUGUCCAACCUUACUUCCGCCGAAGUAGUAGAUAGCCCAAAGGUUGAUGCAGCCGUUGAAUUCUGGGAACGGAAGGUUCUUCAAAUUUCAUCUGGAAUUCAUGACCCGGGAAGUAUUAGGUGGGAACUUGCCCUAACUCUUUUCUUAGCUUGGGUCAUCUGCUACUUUUGCAUUUGGAAGGGGGUGAAAUGGACGGGAAAAGUUGUGUAUUUUACAGCUACAUUUCCCUAUCUGAUGCUGACUAUCCUUUUAAUACGAGGAGUUACUUUGAAUGGUGCUAUGAAGGGCAUCAUAUUCUACCUUAAACCAGACUUCGCAAAACUAUUAGAUGGUCAGGUUUGGAUCGAUGCUGGAACUCAAAUAUUCUUUUCAUAUGCUAUUGCGUUAGGCUGCAUGACCGCACUUGGUAGUUAUAACGAUUUCCACAACAAUUUUUACAAUCAGUGCAUAUUUAUAGCCUUCCUAAAUAGUGGAACUAGUCUAUACGCUGGAUUUGCAAUAUUUUCUGUGUUAGGCUUUAUGGCAACUGAACUUAAUGUUGAUGUAGCAUACGUAGCAGAAAGUGGUCCUGGUUUAGCAUUUAUAGCGUAUCCGAAAGCUGUAACACAAAUGCCAGUAGCUCCACUUUGGGCAAUUUUAUUCUUCUUUAUGAUACUUAUGCUUGGAUUGGACAGUCAGUUUGUAGCCAUUGAAGGAUUUGUUACAGCCGUUGUAGACAUGUUUCCUAAUUAUUUGAGAGUCGGAUAUAGGAGGGAAUACUUCAUUGCAGUGACAUGUGGAAUUUCAUUCCUCAUUGGUUUGUCCAUGGUUACUAAUGGUGGUAUGUACGUGUUCCAAGUGUUUGACUAUUACUCGGCAAGUGGUAUGACUCUGCUGUGGUUCUGUGUCUUUGAGUGCGGAGCUGUGGCCUGGGUAUACGGUGUAAAUCGCUUCUACGAUAAUAUUGAAGAAAUGUUGGGGUUCAGGAUUAAUCCUUGGCUUAUGAUUUGCUGGAGUUUUCUUUCUCCACUUGUGACAGGAGGAAUCUUCAUAUUCAGCCUAAUUACUUACAAACCAGUGACAUAUAAUAAGGACUACGAAUAUCCAGGCUGGGCGAUUGCCAUAGGAUGGGCUAUGGCUCUAUCAUCCAUGAUGUGUGUGCCCGUGUAUUUCCUGUACCAAAUGCUGGUUACUCCAGGCAAUCUAAAACAGCGCUGGAAGAUUCUGACAACUCCCCGCCUCCCCAUGGCACUUCCAGUGCACGCAACAGACCCAGACGACUGCGUGAAGGAUGUUACGAAAAAGAAGAGCAACUACGAGCAAUCAAAAUUAUAGUUUCUUUGAAAAAAAAGGACUAUUAAGUAUCGUGGGUGACUUUAUUUCACCAAAACCAUCUAGAUAAACACAUGAGCUAGCUACAGCAACCAAAUAGUUUCUGCACUUGUAGGAGGACUCGGUCCUUCCACCAAGUAAAAAUGAGUCAAUUACUAACUCCAGGCAAGGCGUUGGAACAUCAAAACUUACCUGCGAGAGAAUUAGCAUUAAUUUUUGAAACCCUGUACCAGUAUUCAGUUUUAAAAUUAUUUUCACUAGAGAAACAUAUUCUCUAUAUGUAGCUUGCUAAUUGUUGUUUGAUGUGUACAGAAAAAAAUCGCCUAUAUUUUUGUUUCAUAAAGAAUCAUGUAUCAUGCCUACAUUUUAGGUGUUUAUAGUUUUAAUGUAUUCAAGAAAUACAAUAUACACUUGAACAAAUUGUUCCUUAGAAUCUAGUUAUACUGAUAUCUUGCUAUUUUUUUGAAUACCGGUGAUAUGAUUCUGCAUUAGUGCUAUCUACUUCCGAAAAUGGUGUAAAAAUUUGGUAUAAGCAUGAACUUCAUAUGAAGGGAAUUUUUUUUAAAUAUUGAUUAGGAUAUCAUUUGAGUCAUGAAUUCAUAAAUUUUAAAGCAAAAAUUUCAAAAACAGAAAAUAUAGCAAUUUUGAAGAUUUUAAAAACCUUUGUAUAUUUAUUAAAAAAGAGAAAGAACUGCAUUAAUCGAAACUGAGUGUUUCUAUAUUGUUUUUAUGAAAAUCAAAUUGCAAUAAGAGUUUUUUAAUGCUAGCAAAAUUCAACAAAAGUUUGAAAGUCGGACCAAACUUAUGCUCGGAUAAAGAUAAAUACAUAAAAUCUCUUGAUAGUUCCGAAUAUAAAAUAUCGGUGUAAAGAGUUCAAAACUAGUCAAGGCAUGGGGAUUUAUAAUUUGCAACUGUUGAAAUCCAGAUUUUUCUUUUUGACAAAACAGUAUAUCUGAUCAAAAUGUAUAUUUGCGUAGGAAUCUGUUAGAUUUGUGUGUUAUUGAUGCAUUAUUUAAGAGAUCAUUAUUUCAUAUCCGCUUACAUUUUAGUUUUUGUAUUGAUAUGUUUAUAAAUGUUCUAUGUUUUCCAUUUUAAAUAAAUUUCACUUGAAAAUAUGAAACUUACCUGAAUACAAUUUUAGCCAUUUUUUCUCAUUCAUUUUAUACUGCAGUAACCAUUUCUUUUUAACAUAUAUCAUUUUUCAUGUACGUGAAGUUUAUGUAUAAUUUAGAAAAAGUGUUCAAAUGCUGUAAGAUUCGGUAACUAUUUCUUAACUUUUUUGUUGAAAUUAAAUCAAAUUUUGUUGA